AUGUUUAUCUUGAUUACUGGAGGCACAAGCGGUUUAGGAAGACUGGCUGCUAAAAAAUUCAUUGAACAAGGUCAUACUGUUAUCAUCACCGGUCGUUCACAGUCGACCUUGAGUGAUGCUAGAAAAUGGAUUGUUAGAGAUGCUGCUCGUAACCAAAAUUUAUUUGAACUUGUCUUGGAUUUGACUGAAUUAAAGACGAUAAAAGCUGCAAUGGAGAGAUUAACAACAUUCAAUUUGAAUUGUCUUGACGUGAUCAUACACAACGCAGGUGGAUUAACAUCUCAAUUUGAGAGAGUAGGUGACGUAGAAAAAACAGUAUUUAUGAACGCUAUCGCACCACUCUACUUAAACCAGCUACUGCUGCCGUUUAUAGAGAAAAGCAACAAUCCAGCCAAAAAGAUCGUAUUCGUCACAUCCACGCUCCACGAUCCAAACGUGGUCGGAGGCAGCAGAACAGAACAAUCGCGUAUUCCACAAGAUGUGCAGAUAGAGGAUCUACGAGGAACAACGGCCAACAAUUGGGACUCUAUGAGGUAUUACCGCAUAUCCAAGUUGGCCACGCUGUGGAACGCGUAUUGCCUGUCUCGCAAAUAUCCACAGAUCCCUGUGAUUGCUUUCUGUCCGGGUUUUGUGCCUUCAACAGAGCUAAAUCGUCACUCUGGCUUCAUGUUAAGAUUGAUCAUGAAAUACGUUCUACCUUGGAUGAGUUUUGCAACUAGUGAACAAGAAGCUACAGAUGAUUAUGUGUUUUAUGCAACAAGUGAUAAUAUCCAAUCGGGCACAUAUUACCGUAAGAGAAAGCCUGAAACAAGUUCAAAGGAUUCCUUGGAUGUGUCAAAACAAGAGGCAUAUUGGACCUUUGCCAAUAAUCAAUUGAAUUAA